AUGGCAGCACACAACAUCCAUCUGCAGAAGGCUGGAGGCAGAGAGGGACUAGCAAUGGACUGCAAGGUCCCCAGCAGUGACAUUAUCCCGGCAGUGGCUGCAAGGCUAAAGUAUUAUGUUGCUAUAGAAAGAAAAGAAGCUGGGUUUAAUCUGUCUGUAAAUCAGCAAGAUUCAGAUGGGAAACAUCGACUGUACCAGGUGCCAGCAACAAGUGACAAUGUAGAUUAUGAAAUCGCCGUCCACACCACAGCCAGAUUUCAAGAAGAAACUACGCCCUCCAUGUUCAUACGACUGUAUGGAGAAAGUGGCAGAACAAAGACACUUUCCCUUGAAAACCCUUUGGCCGCCACCAUUACCUCCAGUGCUGACCGGGCUUUUACUUUUCAUGUCAAGACAAAGGAUGUUGGAGAACUGACUGAUUUAUCUAUGGGAAUUAAUACAAAAGACAAAGCUUGCAUUUGGUAUUGCAUGAAGGUUAUUGUAAAGAAGGGGACACAAAAGUACAUAUUUCCAUAUAACAAUUGGUUUUCCUCAUGUAAGACUAUCAACGCACAAGUAAUGGGACACGUUCCUGCAGCCACCAGAACGCACACUGCAGCAGACCAAGAUACCAAAAACUGUCAGACGAAAAAAGAUAAGUGUAGGCCAACCACAAGUAAACCACAAAGCAGCAAGAACAUUUCCUGUCUUGUAUCAUCUAAGAAAGUGGAGUUUCCACGCACUCAUGAUGGAAAACUAGAAACUUCUAAGAAAGAAAGCGACAAAGAUUUAGAUAGUUGGAAGAUAAAUAACAAGAAGUCAAUCCAGUCACCAAGAACAGCUGAAGGAAACACAUCGAAAACUAGAACAUUGAUAACAAGAUAUGGUUCGUCAGAGACAAGACCUCCGGGCAUUCCUAGCUCUAAAAAAGCCACAUUUCAAGUAUCUUCAGGAAAGAACAGGACAAGCAAAGAUACAUCUGAUCAAGUCACACUGAUGACGGAAAAACAUUCUACCACUAUAAUGUCAGAUGGUAGCAAGGCUCAACCUCUACUUGGUGAGGACACCAUGUAUAACAUAACAUCUAGUAACACAAGUACAAAGAAAGAUCUGACCAUACAGAGUAAUAUACAGCCUCCGAAGUACAGACGAGCAAGCAGUCCAGCCAGCUAUGUGUUCUUCGCUCUUGAAAACAAAGAGUCAUCAACCAUUGAUCAAGUGAAUGAGUGUACCAAGAGAUAUUUACAAGAUGGUUCUAGUGGUCCAAAGUUGAGAAUCAGAAGAAGAGCAUUCUCUGAGAUGACAAACGUCGAGUCACAGCGUUCUGGUGAAGGCAAAAACUAUAUUAGUUUUAAUAAAACAUCUUCACAACUUGCUUUACUUCAAGAACUUCUUUCAAAUUCUGUAAAUAAUAUGACUUCUGGGUCACUGGACUCUCAGCCUUUUUCAAGCCGUAAGAAUAGUGAAGAAACAAGAGCUCAAUGUGGAGCAGAUGAUGAAGUCCAUGGAGACCAUACACAUAAGAAUGACUAUGACAAAUUGUGCUCUCAGCUGGAUUGUGCAGCUGCAAAGACAUCUGGUUACAUCUGUUCAUGUGGAGAGCACAGCGGCUACGAGACAGACUCUACAUUAGAUGAGGAAUUUAUCUUUUCAGAUACUUCACUGGAUCUAAGCCUGUCAGAUGACGAUGUUUCUGAUUCCUCCUCCAAAUUUGAUGUUUUAGGCAACUGUCCAGAAUACAAUAAUGAGGAAGAUAACCUUGACGUGAUGGAAAAAUCCAAGCAUCAGAUUCACAGGCAGAGGAGAGUGGAAUCUUGUAGUGAAAAUUCAAGUGUCUUUCAGCGCUCAUUAGCCGCAAUCAACAACGGAGACGACAGAACGCUUAGGAUUUUGUGCCAGUCCCAUUUCUUUUUACCUAGUGUAACAGAUGAAGAAGGAAAAACACUUUUACAUCAUGCGGCCGAACAGGAUAAUCCAAGUAUUUGUCAGGUGCUCUUGGACAAAAAUAUUGGCCUGGUGAACAUGGACCAGCGGGACACGUUUGGGAAGACUGCUUUACAUUAUGCUGUAAAAAAAGGAAAUCCCAAAACUAUAAAGACGCUUAUGGACAAUGGUGCAAACUUGGAAAUCUGAUGAAUAUCUGUAAAUAGGUCAAUUAUAAAUGCGACACAUUUCAUGGUUUAACAUGUAGUUUUUAAUGUCGCCAGGUAUAGGUGUUACUUCUCACAUUACAAUCCAUUAGUAAAAGAGUGCCCCCAUAUCAAUUACUUUUAAAAAUUCAAGUUCUGUUUGCAAAUCACAUCAGUCUGAGGCAUCUGGUCACAUUUAUGUCAGAAAUUCCAUCAGGAUGGGAAAAAUAACGCAGCAUAUUUCAUUAUUCUUCCUGUCGCAACGAUGGACCCAAUAUAAGUCAGUGGGGUCUAUGGGACGACUCUGGUGAUACAGAAGUCUUAUUUUUGUUUUUCUGCCCCUGGGACAGAAAACGGCAGCUAUACUAAUAAGCCUGAAAUAUACUCUGCAUUGUGAUGUCACACAUGUGUUUCUAUAGAGGAGAUGAUAACUGGAAAUGUGCCCACCGGCUCCGGUCAAACUGUGUUGUAUCUUUUGCUGCCAUUUGGUCUUUGCAGUGAUCCACUGUAAAUAAGUAAUACAUUAAACAUUUUGUGAUUUUCCUUGUUUCUUACCAGUUAGGUAUGAUCGUCUGGAUUGCCCAUGGCUAUUUAGGUCCAUUAUCACUCUCGGCUGUGCCAUAGAUCAGCGUUCCCUGACCAAUGGCUUGGAAGACCCCUGGGCACGCUGCAAUGGCUCCACACAUGGUGGCAGUUUUAAACAGGAACUGGACUUUCCACAAACUUUGCAUAGAUGAACAGUACACGUGACUAUAAGACACUUUGUUAUAUAUGUCAUUCAAGAAAAAUUACCCUUUUCCACUUGUGAGC